AGGACAGAUUUGAUUCGGCUCACCCACUCGCGCUGAAUAUUGGGUGGCGACAGCUGCACACACCCAUGUGGCGGUCUCUUGUGCAUCGAGAAAGAGGACACGAAAGCACACAUCAAUGAUGACCUUGUCAAGACAAGCAAGACCCCGUGUCUCCAUACUACGUUCGGGAUUGAUGAUGCGCGUGCUAUUCAGCACGGCCGGCUGUAAAAAGGACGUACGCAGGCACGUCCAGGCUUAAAAAUGGCGACAGAGAUCUGGGAUCUCGGAGGUAGAUGCAGCACGAAGAACGCCGACGGCCUCGCAUCCUCAGUUGGUUCUCGAUGAAGUGUCUGAAGAGCUCGAUAAAUCAUCCGAAGGGGAUUCACCCCUGGCAGCCUGAUCUUCUCAUUCGACCCCGUUCAUCAUGGUAGCCAAGGAAGAACGCAUCAGCUUUAAGAACGGUCCAAACCGUCUCGUGGGGAUUCUGAGAUCCCCCGAAAGUGGAUCGGUCUCUGUCAAACUGCCGGCACUGAUCAUGGUCACUCCAGGGAGUAGUGUCAAAGAACAGAUAGGUUCCAACUACGCCCGAGCCAUGGUGGAGCAUGGAUUUGUCACUCUGACUUUCGACCCAUGUCAUCAGGGAGAAAGCGAAGGGUUCCCUCGAGACCUGGAGAACCCAGCCGUUCGUAUCGAAGACGUAGUAUGUGCGGUCGACUACCUCUCCACAGUAUCGACAGUGGACGAGGAGAAGAUCGGACUCAUUGGUAUCUGUGCUGGAGGAGGGUACGCCGUUGGGGCAGCCAAGAUCGAUCAUCGCGUUAAGGCCCUCGGCGCGGUCGUUCCCGUCAAUAUAGGUCGUGCUUUCCGCCAGGCUCAGAGCAAUCCUGGAGCUAUGCUUGCGACUCUCGAGGCGGUCGGGAAGCAGCGCAACGUCGAGAUGCAAGGUGGAGAGCAAGUCCGCGUACCUUGGAUCCCGGGCUCGGUGGAAGAGGCUGAAAAGCAAGGCGUUGACAUUGACACGAUGGAUGCGGUCAAAUACUAUCGAACACCUCAGGGUCAGCAUCCUAAGUCCACGGGCAAACUCCUCAUGACGAGCAACGCCUUCCUCCUGGGCUUUGACGCGUUCAACCUGGUCGAAGAGCUCUUGACCCAGCCGGUGCAGGUCAUCGUGGGCGGGAGAUUGGGUCUCACAUUCUCAUACGCCGAUGGCAAGACCUUGUGGGAGAAGUGUCAGAAGAAGGAGGAGUUUGUGGUGAUCAAGGACGCAGGACAUUAUGAGCUGUACGACAAGCGAGAAUAUGUCGAUCAGGCCAUCGAGUAUCUCGUCGCGUUCUUCAAGAAGCACUUGAGCGAAUGAUGGCCUGAAUGAGUCUACUGGAGAAGCCUGGGGUUCAUUUCAGUAGAUGUGCGGCAGCCAGG